GGCGUGCACCAUGCUGGGCUCUGGGUUCAAGGCUGAGCGCCUGCGGGUCAACCUGCGACUCGUCAUCAAUCGCCUCAAGUUGCUGGAGAAGAAGAAAACGGAGCUAGCCCAGAAGGCACGGAAGGAGAUUGCGGAUUAUUUGGCCGCUGGUAAGGAUGAACGUGCACGGAUCCGGGUGGAGCACAUCAUCCGGGAGGACUACCUGGUGGAAGCCAUGGAAAUCCUGGAGCUGUACUGCGACCUGCUUCUGGCUCGCUUUGGUCUGAUCCAGUCCAUGAAGGAGCUGGACUCUGGCCUGGCAGAAGCUGUCUCUACACUGAUCUGGGCUGCCCCACGGCUGCAGUCUGAAGUAACUGAGCUGAAAAUCGUUGCAGACCAGCUGUGCGCAAAGUACAGCAAGGAGUAUGGCAAGUUGUGCCGCACCAACCAGAUCGGGACCGUCAAUGACAGGCUGAUGCAUAAGUUGAGUGUGGAGUCUCCCCCCAAGAUCCUGGUGGAGCGGUACCUGAUCGAGAUUGCCAAGAACUACAAUGUGCCCUAUGAGCCCGACUCCGUGGUAAUGGCCGAGGCCCCUGCCGGCAGUGAGGCGGACCUGAUCGGGUUUUCAGAUGACGUGAAGAAAGGCGGCCGUGGAGGGGGGGGCGGUGGGUUCACUGCCCCGAUGAUGGGUGCUGAUGGAGUUGUGCCCAUGCCUAUGCCCAUGCCCAUGCCAUCACCACCCCCCCCCUUCUCCUACCCACCACCCAAGGGACCGGAGAACUUCAACCACCUGCCUGUGGGGACCUACCAGCCUUUCACCAACAUUCACCCACCUCCAAUACCACCCAUGCCCCCGACCUACGAGUCUAUUGACAUUGGCCCUGACCAGGACGUGCCUUCUGCUCAGGUGGCUGGUCCCGGGCCGAAGCCAGAGACCUUUGCAAAGCCCGCGGCCAGAGCACCAGACCUGCAUGACAACUUCGUGCUGCCCGAACUACCGUCCGUGCCAGACACGCUGCCUGCUGCGUCUGCAGGUGCCAGCAGUGCUGCCUCCGAAGACAUUGACUUUGACGACCUCUCUCGGAGGUUUGAGGAGCUUAAGAAGAAGACGUGAGGCCAAGGGGGCUGGGCUGGGCUCCAGUACGGGGCAGGAGCUCAGACUGGGCUGCUUCACUCCAAAUGGUCUCCCCUAGCACCCGGGUCCUGUAUUAACGGAAAACAAAUGCUCUGUCCUCUCAGCUCUUCUGCUGUGCUUGUACCAAAUGCUGCUGCUUCCCAGGCCCUUGCUCCAGCAGGUGCAGGCUGGAGCCGCUUGGAGGUGGGGCAAGGAGCGGCUCCGCUGCUGUCUGUGGGGGUGCAGGGCUGGGGUGAUGUUCCCCGUUCUCUCCCCAUGGGCUCUGUGACCUUCCCACAGGGCAAGGUGACUGGGAUUCCCUGUUCCCGGCCUCUCAGGGAGCUCUCCAUGGCCUUGGCUGCUCCACAGGGGUAGGUCUGUUCCCCCCACGAGAGGCAGCACCGGGCAGGCCCCUGGGCGCCGGCCUUGGGCGUGCACUGGCAGGGCACCAGCAGGUGGGUGUUGCACUCUAGCCCUGUCCUGAGCAGGGUGCGGGGCUGGCUGUGCCCUGUGCCCCCCAUAUCCUCUCAGCCCUGCAGUGCCCAUGGUGUAAUGUACUUGUACAUAAUAUUUUCACUCCGCUUUUCUCUAAUGGGUUUCAGUGGGUUUGUACUGGGUAGAUUCCUUCCUAAUAAAGGCUCAGGCCACAAGCAGCACGAGCGGGGCAGGUGUGCUUC